UGAGAGAGCGACAGAGAGGGAGAGAGAAGGAGGGAGCUGGAGGCAGUCUGACUGGACUCCUGUUUCAGCAUUGCUGCUGUGCUGAGGAAUACAGGAAUACAGCCCACUCUUCUGCCUCACUGCCACGACUUCAUCGUUUCAGACCUGGACGCUGGAGCCAGCACUUAUGCCUCAGCAUAGAGGAGAGGACACUGGGACAGACCUAUUCAAAACUCACUGCCUCUUACUGCUGGGACAGCUGGAUGUUAAAGUGCACCUUUGGGAGAAGACAGGAGCAAACGAGAGUGGACGACAGAGGCAGAGUGGAAGGAUAGAGAUCAGGCAAGAGUAAAAGCCAGGGGUUAAGGUUGGGAGUGAGAGCAGAUUUAAAAGCAAAAGAAAGCAAGAAAAAACAGAAGAGGCAGUUUAACCUUUCCAGUCAGAAAAGGAAGACAGGGCAGGAGACAGGUGCAGAGGAUUGAGAAAAGAAAGAGUAUAAGGAAAAAAACAAUGUGCACAUGGCAGUUAGGAAGAUGAGCCUCGACACAGGAAAACAGAAGCCUGCCUGCUGCAUUUGAGGAUUUUUGGCUACGUUGCUUCCAUUUGCGUUUUAAUUCUCUUGGUCGAUCGUCUGUCCAUCUGUGUGCUUGUGCCAUCACUUAAGUUCAGCUGGUGCGAGAAAGUCAUGGCACAGGCUUUAGUGGCAGCACAUAUCUGAUUUCAUUCUGCCAAAAGCUGCGGUGUACGUGUAUGUCUACGUGUGUGUGUGUGUGGGAGAGAGAGAAAGUGUGAGUGCAUGCAUGCAUGUGUGUAUGUGUAUGCAUGAAUGGCUUAGCAGAGAGAAGCGCGCGUGGGCUUCGGGUGGAUGGUAGAAGGCUUUAUGAUAGAGUGGUAAGCUGUCUUCACACCUGUCUCCAAGCUGCAUGCUGAGGUUCCUUCCAGCACCCUGUCAAAGUGAGGAGAUUAUCAUCUGCUUGAGUGCCCGAGCUGGUGUCAUACUGAAGCUUUAAUACCAGCUAUUCGUGUUGGAGUUGCAUGCAGCGUUGGAGGACUAGGGAACAUGACCUGAUGGGAGAAUAAUGGAGCAGAGCUCACCUGAGAUUUGACCGACUCAUGAGGGUGUGGUUGGCCCUCUGUCGGAUUCAGUUAAGGUUAUGCAGUUUGACUCAGGAGAGAAAAUACCUUUUUAGAAGAACUAAAGCUGUUUGACUCUAGGACAUACUGAAACAUUCUAAAGUCAUUUGAGUUAUGUGAAUUUUUCAUCAUGAAGACACACAUGACCGUGGCCAGCUAAACACAAAGAUUGCCUUGUUUCCCCAUAUUUUGCAUAUUUAAUUUUUUUCUUUCAUUUGGUGCUGAGUGUUUGCCAACAUGGGGAUCAUUUGGCCCUUGGGGGCCCCGGUGCCAGCACCAGCCCCUGACCACAAAAUGCGGCGAUCAAGCACAGACGAGACUCCGUACCGUCGUAGCCCAUCUCUGGACAGCAAGGCGGGCUCACCACGUGGGCACUACAAUGGCGAGCAGGAGCCCCGCGGCGGGCUCUUUGGCUUUGGUUUCCGUGCAGCGCCAGGACCUCAGACAGCCAAGGCCGGCUAUGGUACGGCACAGGGCAGGAAGUACGUGGUGUUUUACCUGGACCUCUCCUUCAUCUUCCUCUUAGAGCUACGCCGCUGCAGGAUGGCCGAGGGCUGCAUGAGGGCCCUGCGCUAUGCCAUGGUCUUCUUCAACCUGCUCUUCUGGUUGGGGGGAUGUGGAAUACUAGGAGUGGGGGUGUGGCUGUCGGUUACCCAGGGAAACUUCGCCACUCUCUCAUCCUCCUUACCCUCUCUCUCGGCUGCCAAUGUCCUCAUUGCUGUGGGAACCAUCAUCAUGGUGAUUGGUUGUCUUGGUUGUGUGGGAGCAGUCAAAGAGAGCCGUCCUCUACUUCUAAGUUUCUUCAUUCUGCUCCUUGUGAUUUUCCUGUUGGAGAUUCUGUCCAUCAUCCUCUGCUUUGCUUACCAGAACCAGAUUGACCAGUAUGCUCAAAGUGACCUGAAAAAAGGCCUUCAGCUCUUUGGAACAGAGGGAAACAUUGGCCUAACCAAUGCCUGGAGCAUUGUCCAGACUGAUUUCCGCUGCUGUGGGGUGACUAAUCACACAGAUUGGUUUGAGGUGUAUAAUGCCACACGUGUGCCUGACUCCUGCUGUUUGGAAUACAGUGAUAACUGUGGCCUGGAGAACCCUGGGACAUGGUGGACUGCGCCAUGCUACGAGCGAGUGAAAGGAUGGCUCCAGGAGAAUUUGGUGGCUCUGUGGAUAUUUGCUCUGUGUACAGCUCUAACACAGAUUCUAGGGCUGGUGUUCUCCAUGACGCUCUUCUGUCAGGCAGUGAAAGUGGAAACAUUCUAUGCUUAGAGGAUCACACCCCUACCAAGAACCGGAGAUUUGAACCAGAUCUGAACUGCCCCAGUGCCACAGCCAGUGAAACAUUGGAGUGAUCCUUUCUUCACCGCCUGUGCUCCCUUCCUCUCUCACUCCUUUUAUCUGUCAGUCGCCAUGGUGAUCACCCCCCUAGACUCGUACAAACAUAGUGCUUUUGACAGUGCUUUUUUGUUUCUUUGUUUGUUUUUCCUCAUUUUUGUGUGAUGCCUUUAGGAAAUGUUAGUCAAAUGGUCUUUUAAGUAUGAAAUAGUAGUAUAACAAAGGAACUGAUCAGUUUCUCUAACUUCUAGUAAGAUGAAACAUUCUUAUUCAUCUGAGAAAAAACAGCAUCUAUUGUGAUUUCAUGAGUACUGCACAAGGCUUCCUUAGGGCCUGAAUUUCCUCCGAGCCAACGAAAGAGCCAGAAAGCUGAAGAUUUCAGAUGCAAAAGUCCACUCUAGUUGCCUGACAAGCAUGACAGAGGAAUACCAGUAAUUAGCUCUGUUGUUUUAUAAAAUACAUGCUAUUUUGUUUAUAACUAAAAUAUUUAUUACCUACACUGAUUUGUAAUUGGUUUAUCUCUUGCAGCAUAAGAGUUCAAGGGAAACAAAAUGCUGUAGGGUGCCACCUGCUGUCUGAGGGAAAACAUAUGUUUUAAUAUAGCACACAGCACAGACAUGACAGAUACAUUUUUAAAAAUUCUGUCUUAAUUACAAACAAGCACAGUCCAGAGAGAGAAAGGGAUGCUCUUUUGAGCUUAAUGAAUUUGAAAAUCUGGUGUAGCAAUGGCUUCCAGUGACUGGUCUGCUGCCUGGAACAUGCCUGGACAUGUGGACUGAUCAUAUGAGCAAUGUGAAAUGCUGGUGGGGGGUGAUGGGGCAAUGAGAUUGAAGCUGGAGAGAAGCAAAACUUGGCAAUAGAAAGAAUUGAUGCAAAGUGGGAGUAAGACCGAGGGCACAGCCUCUCUGUCUUUGACUUCUUUACUAAUUAACAAAUGUGUAUAUGUAUUUACAUCUUCCACACACCAGACUUAUAAAACAUGCAUCAUAAAUAAAGCGUUUACAGUUAUGUGGUUUGUAUAUAGCCAUUAUAAACUCAUAAUGCCCUUAAAUGGAUAUACCAUACACAGUAGAUUUUUAAGUCAAGUAACAUGAUGUUAUGUAAUUGAUUUCAGCCUGUUUCAACCCUCCUGUCACCAGCCAUCCGCUGAGGCCAUUUUAACGUGGACUGCAUGUCUGGGGACUCUGCAAUUAUCUGCCAUGUGGCGCUAAACAAACACAUCCAAGCCGUGGGGGAUUUGCAUAAAGACAAAAUGAACCUGGCCAAUUCUAGGGUGAGUGAUCUCACAGCUCUGCAUGGAAACACCUGGGUUGUCCCUAUCAAAGGCAGGAGUGACAUUUCAAUUUGAAAAACACGACGGUGGCAGCGACUGGCUCAGCCAAGAUGUACUGGCUCCAUACUGAUUUGAUGGGAUGGAUGGAUGGACUUCCUUUCCAAUGCCUCUAUCCUCUUUUCCAUCCCUUUCUCUUUCUGUUUCUUGUUAUUUCCUCCCCCUGGCAUCUUGCCAUCCCCACCCUCCCUCUCUUCCUCCACUCUUUCGAUCAAUAAUGCAUCCCCCCCAUUGCUCCCUUGUUCUCUCCUUCACUCACUUAAUCAAUAAAACAUAGACUACCUGUUCUCGUGUGUGUAUGUGUGUAUGUGUGUGUGUGUGUCUGUGUGUGUGUGUGUGUGUGUGUGUGUGUGUGUGUGUGUGUUUGAAGCAGUGUCACUCGGAGGUCAUGUAAUACCCUCUUUGCUUAAUGCGAAGCUAAUGAAACCUGGGUGGAAAUGGGUCUGGAUGAGAGAAAGUAAUGUGGGAGCAGCAGGACCAUCUUGCAAAUCUGCACAUGAUUAUAGAGACAUAGUCUAAAGCUGUCUGGAUCACUAGCAUGGGUCUGACUUUAGUCAAUAAGGAAUUGUUUCAGUAGAGAUGUGUAUUUCGUAGUAUAUGCAAUGUCAGCGUUUCUCAUGUUUUAAGAUGCAGAGAAAGGCUAUAAAUGCUGUUUUUGUAAUCAGCACAUCCAGACAUGGUGUUUGAGACACCAUGGGUAUUUAAUAUGCAACACGUUAGGCUCUCUUUGCCACUGUGAGCUGUUCCACAAUUCCAAAAUAACUGCUUGUAUUUUUGUGGUGCACUGGCUGUGCACCUUAUAAGCAGUCUAUUGGGCAGAUUCUAAUCUAACCCAUGCAAGCUUCAGUAGUGUCCAAACGUUUUGGAACAGUGAAGUCAAAAUGGUAGGCAGUAUACCCAUGCACUGUGUAUUAAAGAUCUUUAUGAUGUAAAACUACAGGAUUAAAUGUUGAUGCAUUUUAUUAUUUAGGGAUUAAAGUACUUUUUUUUUUCCUGGCUCUCCAGGUAAUCCCUGGUUCUAGGAUAAAUUUAAUAAAAAUAUUGACAUCAGCAACCCAGCCUCCAUAAAGAGCAGAGAGCAUUUCUCAAACACACAGCCCACAGAUAGAGGGCCUGCACUGGGGAUUGUGUGUAUGUGUGAUGGUAACAGCAUCUUGAUUUCUCUGUAGAGAUGGUAGAUUUACUGCUCUAUGGGGAUAAGACAUUUUAUCUGUCAUUUUCCGAUGAGUAACAGAAACCACACAUUGACUCACACACACACGCAGAUUAAUAACAAUAUGAAGCUUUUCCUCAGAAUUCUUUGUCAAUUUCUGUGAAUGUUCAGAGGUGUUUUUCUCAGCUAAAAUACUCAUUACAACCUAAUCCAUUCCAAAUACAUCUAACCAAAUAAAACCAUUAGUCAGUCCAGAAAUACUGCUGCCCUCUGUUGGCAGAAAGAGAAGCAUUUCUUGAGUUUUGAGGUGAGGAAGUCAAAUAUUACCCACAUAAUCCUUACCUUAUAUACCAUUACGCUUGCUUACUUGUCUGUAGUGCAUUGGCAGGAAUUAACAUCAAGAUAAAAUGUGACUAAUCUGUCAUAGACAAUUAACCUCACAACUAGCUAAAAAAUUGGUGCCUACUGGUUUUCAUAAUGGGCAAAACAUCAUUAUUAGCUAGACCAAUAAGAAUAUACACUGCCUGACCAAAAAAAAAAAGGGUCACACACUAAUGU